UGCUGGGUAUUUCCUUGGGUGGUGCAGCAAGCAUCACAUGCGCGGCUUUUCUGCGUGUUUCACCAUUCAUAUAUUCUCCUCCUCAUUUCUUCCAUUCUCUGCACACAUCUCCACUAAAUAGCUCUCACGAGCUUCAAUUCUCUCACACUCACACUAUCUAUUCAUUCUCCAUUUGUUUUCUAAUCGGCUCAUCCAUUCCCUCCGCCGUACGCCGCCGUCGCUCUUCCUUGAUUUUCUCAUCUUUCGUUAAGCAGGGAGAGAUAAUAGAUUAAUACCGCCAUGGAAGGUGCAGCUCAUGCGCAGAGGAAGGCGAUCCUUUGCAACGGAACCACUUCUCCUUCAUUCCGGCUCCGUUGCCAGAGCCUCAACUCGGUUCGUCUCCGCCGGAUCUUCGACAUGUUUGACCGGAACAGUGACGGCAUGAUCACCGUGGAAGAGCUCAGCGAGGCGCUCAACCUUCUCGGCCUGGACACAGACUUCUCCGAGAUGGAAUCUACAGUCCGAUCUUUCAUUAAACCGGGGAACAUCGGUUUGAGAUUCGAGGACUUCGACGCACUGCACCGCUCACUAGACGACGCCUUCUUCGGAUCUCCGUUAGAUUGUGAUUUGAACGGAGACGAAGCGGCGGAGUCGACAAGUACGAGCUGCGCAGCGCAGGACGAGAAGGAUCUGACGGAGGCGUUCAAGGUGUUCGAUGAGGAUGGCGAUGGAUUCAUAUCGGCGACCGAAUUGCAGAUUGUCCUUGCAAAGCUGGGAUUGCAGGAGGAAGGCAAAGAGAUGGACAGAGUAGAGCAGAUGAUCUCCUCCGUCGAUCAAAACCGUGAUGGCCGCGUUGAUUUCUUCGAGUUCAAGGAUAUGAUGCGCAGUGUCAUGGUCCGCACUUCUUAAUGAUAACAAAAUCUCGCCGCCGCUCCGCCACCACCGCAAGACUGAGGAAGGCCGGGGUAGCAUUUGGCUUCAUUUAUGCUCUUUUUUUGGGUCUUUUUCCUCUUCUGUUUUCUCUUUAUUUUUCCUUUGUACGGAGUAGUUGUGAUUUUUGUUUCGUUCACCGUCCAGCACCGUCCCUUGGAGACAGGAUGGCUCAUGUGGAUAUUUAAUUAUAUUAAUUAAAAUAAUGUUUGUCAAUC